CCCCACUGACAAUGAAGCUAGUUGGACGAUUGUAAACAGUCUACCUUCGCAAUCCGGGAAAAAGAAAUCAUAGGUGGUUGCGCUUGUAGGGCCGCAGUAAAUGUUUUGUCAUGUAUUCAGUGGAUGUCUGCAGAGCGUGCCUAACUCCGGAAAAGCUUGUCUCGUCUGUGUACGAAAUAACAGAGGAAUCAGGCAACGUCUCGAUCGCGGAAAUGCUUGAAGUGACAACGGGUAUAAAGAUAGUGGACGCUGAUUGGUAUCCCGACAAGAUCUGCGAAAAUUGUCUAUCAGCGGCCUAUCAUUUUCACGCGUUCAAAUUAAAGUGCGAACAAUCUCAUGCGAUACUCACUGAACAGUUUCAGAUGUUGUCUGCGGGUGGACCGAUUGAGAGUCCUCCCCAACUCGUCCCGGCUGCAUCUGAAUUGAUUGAAACCUCACCCGACGCAGAGCUAGAAACUAGGCCCGGGGUUGCUAUCGCGUGUGGCGAAUUCAUCAUUCAAGAAAUUCCUCAGGAACCAUCCACACCGUUGUCGGUCCUCGACUAUUUAGACCCUGAAACGCAAAAGACAUUUAAGCGGACUAAAAACAAUGCAAAGAGAAAAAUAAUUUCAAAUUCUCAUCAGACUAUUUGCGGGCUCUGCGGCAUAAUAUUCAAAGACGAAUUCACACAAAUGAAGCACAACAAAGACGUGCACGGCGAAGAGUCUCCAUUUCGCUGCAAUCAAUGCCCGGCAGUGUUUUCCACCAAAUGCGAUUUACUUCGUCAUAUGAAAAUUCACGAUUUCAAGUGUAGCGUUUGCUUCCAUCGCUUCGAGUCGCAAUCGGAACUGAUCACGCAUUCCAUUGAAAGCCACCAAGAAGAUAGCCUGCUCCGAUGCAAAUACUGUCCAUUGAAAUUCAAACGGAGGAGCCAGUUGACGGUGCACAUUUUCGAGCACACCGGAAAGGUGAAGUACCAGUGCGAGUCUUGCCACAUUCCACUCUGGAGUAGGAAGCACCAGAUCGAGCAUAUGCGCAUCCAUACCGGCGAGAAACCAUUCACCUGCGAAGUAUGCCAGAAAAAGUUCCGGUUCAAGCGGGUGCUCAUCAAACACAUUCGGGUUGUGCACACCCAGACCGACUAAUGUGAUUUUUGUGUUAUUUAUAUUAUAUUUAUUCCCUACCCCGCUCUCUGGUCAUAUUUUUUAUGCUUCUCAUUUGGAAUUAUUCGGUUUGCGAUUUUGAACAAAGCUGUCAGCAAUGAAUUGCUCAAAUUGACUCUGUAAUGGGAAUAUCCUGGCAAAUCGGAUGUUUUCGAGGGGAAAUAUCUAUGUCUUUCAUAUCUUAAGAAUAAAUUUAUGUUUACAAUUAA